AGAAAGUCUCGCGUGGUUUUAGUUCUGGGAAACUGCCGGAGCCCAAAGUAAUUGAUACCAGUUCAGAGGAUUUCACAAGAAAAUAUACUCGAUCGUUGUAUGUUUUACUUGUUUGGAUGAUCGAGUCUGUUUAAGAGGCAAGUUUAAAUACUUCGUUGAGGAGAACACAAUUGUUAAGUGUUGUACUGUAGACAGAGUUCAGGCUGGGAGGUAAAGAGUAGUAAUAUCGUAGCGGGACACACAUGCAUAAUGUAAUGGCCCUUCCUCUCAGACCUUCAAACUCGGUGGAGCACUAUGGCACGCCACUGCACGAACCGGGGGGAAACUCUAGGACACGGAAAAAGUUCCCUCAUUUCAGCAGAGACGACUCGAAAGAAAACAUGGAAACGCCAGUGAAGAAAAUAAUGUUUACCCCCCGGCCAGUGACACCCAUGAUAUCACAGACGCAGGCAAAUCUUUUGUCUAACUUGGAAUACAGCAAGCUAUCUGGGAAGUCUGUCAGCCCAAACCUUGCCAUGUUGAGAAUGACUUCAGGUUCAAGUUUACAGGAAAAGCAAAGACUUCUGCAGGAGAAACACCAGAAGGCAAAAGAGACUCUGGACAAACUUGCUGUCGGAGGAGGGGUGAGCCUUUGGCCAGAGAUGAACAACAUGAGGCUGACUGCAGACGAAGGGCUGGUCCUCUUUGUGUCGUGUGUGCUGAUGACUUUUACAGUCUUCAUCAUUUUCAAAUAUCUACAUGGUCCAUUGCUGCUGAGCUUACAUCACUACACUGAUAAAGUCAGGGCCUUUUCUGGAAACCAUCCAAUCCUAAGCAGGUCCGAAUCGUCUGUCAACGAGUCUGUGAUGAGAUGGCACAAGGAUUACUGGAAACUGCUGGAUGACAUCCAGAGGCAGUUUGAAACCCAUCUCCACACAGCCCAUGCCACUUAUAUCCUGUAUUUGAUUCUGUAUGUCGUUGCUGUCGGGACGCUGCUGUACUAUCUUGCUGAUAACAUGAUUCAGAAAAGCAGGCUCACGCCACGAAGGAUAAAAAUUUGGGUUUUGCUUCUGAUUGCUACAGCAUCAUGGACUGUACUGAUGCUUCAGUUACUGGUUUAUUCCCAAAACCUGGAGCACACUAUUGAGGCUACAGUUCACAGGCUUCUAGAAGAGCUGGCUUAUCUAGCAACACUGGACUUUCAUCUCCAAACAUAUCACAAUGUUGCCACCUACUGGAGAUUUCGAUGCCUUCCACCUACCACCCGGGGAACACUGUGCAUCUUUGGAAUUGUGCAAGUGAGAGAUGUGUUCUUUUAUUUACAGUAUUACAGUGUGCCAGUGCUAACUGCACUCUGCACCCCUGUCCUGAGACUGAUGCUAGCUCUGAAAGAGAUGUAUAUUGUGCCUGAAAAAACCCAAGCAAGUUUAAAAAGGUAAUGAAGUAGCUAAACCGCUGUUUACCGUAAGAUGCGAAUGUUAAUGGAGAACAGGCAACUGAUUUCUGGAAGUGAAAUACUUUUCAUUCGUUAUCGUAACAUUUAUUUUAUUGCAGUACCAGGUCAAAUGUUUGGAAUACUAAAAGUGUUUUGAGCAGCCAUGUAAGUGUAACUGUUGCCGUCUUUUUCAAUUUAGAAAUGUUCAAUUCAGUUGUUGUACUUUUUAAACUGUCUAACUAAUAAUGUGAAUAGGCCCAUCAGUUUGUUUUUAUUGUAACCUUUGACCUGCCUUUUUGUGUGUUAUUUGAACACAGUUUGUAUUUUUCAUUCUUUGCGAGGGGAUUCGAGAGAUCCAAUCUGGUCUUUUUUUUUUUUUUAUAUACUUUAUUUUUUGGUUCACUUUUAAGGGUCUUAUUUUAGUGCUGUAUUUUAAAAUAGGUACCUAAUGAACAUUUCAAUAGGAUAUGUGUCUUAUUGCAAUUCCUGUAAAACAAGAAUCAAUGUAACUUACUGCCAUUUAAUUCAUGAUCAGCACAAAAACAAUGAAUACAAUCUGAAAUGGAUAUACAUGAUAGUGCUUCAUGUAUACUCACAUUGUUUGAAUCAAGAGUUCUGCACCAUGCACUAACAGUGCUUAUGUGCAUGUAUGGUUUUUCUACGUGGAAAAAGCUGGAUAUAACAUGAAGCUGCCGUGUAUCAUUGAAUUAAACUACUUUACUGCAGCCUGAUUACAGAGUGGUGCGGCAUUGAAGCAAACCAAAGGUGCUACUAAAUGGGGAACGGGUGAAGUUGAAUACAUCAAAUGGGUUAAUAUGGUAGCAAGGGGUUUUGGCAAAACACAGCCUUUUCACAAAAUUGAAUGCAAUGAUGACCCUACUUUUGCUACAAUUUUAGUUUUUUAAUGUUAACACCUUAACAGAAAAGUUGCCUUUUGUCGCUGUUGACAACCAUACUGACAACUGGUCCACUAAUUAUUUAAUGUUUUUAAAACCAUAAGGAAGUGUUACAGAGCAGUAGCAACUUGAAUCACUGUCCUCAGUGUUUUGUUCACAGUGAAGCAAACAAGUCAUGGAGGAAAACGGAGGAUGCAAAGAGUAUAAACAAACAUUUGCUUGAUAGCACUUUCAAUGUUUUCGUUGUCAACCAAGGAAAAAUCCGAGCUUAGUUUUUCUGUGCGAACGGGUGAUUGGUGUGGGAUGAAGAUCCAUGCUGUGUCCCACAUCCUUCACUGUGGUGCGCUCCGGGUCUGAGCUGCGCAGUUUUGUAAUCAGAGCCCUCAUCUCUGUGUUGAGAGCUCGCAGCUCCUCGUUCUGCUGCCUCGUCUCGCCUCUCUGUCUCACCGCUGCGUCUCGCUCCUCUCUUACCAAGGCCAGGUCCUCUUCAAGGUCCUUUAAUCUGCACAGGUAUUUUUAUUUGAUCUUUUUAUGUUAAAAUCCUUCGUUAAUGAAGCCAUAAAUAGUUACAGGUGUGAAGUUUUUCUGUGACUAAAUGGAUGUGGCAGGGCGAAAGGCCUAAAAUGUAAAUAGUAUGGGGGGGAGAUUUAGGUAAUUGAGUGCUAAUUGGGGAGUGGCCACAUAAUAAAUAGAGCCAUAAAUCAUUUGGUGAAGGUGUGCGAGUCUAUUUUCUGUGUUCAUCAGUGAAGGUGAAUGCCCAGCCUGACCUCAUUAUUGUUUUGUUUUAACCCUUUUAUUUUGACCCCUGUGCCUUGUUUAUUUGUUCCUGUUUUGUUUGUUAAUAAAAGUGCACACACACGCUUGAACUGCA